CCAGGGCGCAGCACUCUAUCUCUGAAUUCACUACAAGACGAAGAAGCUGGCAAUAUGAGACCCGAGUUCCUCCUGUUGAUUUUCUGCACCUGCUUUUUCUCAUCAAGCGGUCACAACAGGGUGACCUUGAAGAGAUAUAAGUCAGUGAGGAAAGCGAUGCGGGAGCGAGGGGUACUGUCCACGUUUUGGAAGAACCAUCAUUUUGAUAUGAUGCGGUACAGUGACACCUGCCCAGUAGCCACCCAAGCCAGUGAGCCGCUGGUCAAUUACAUGGAUGCUGAGUAUGCCGGGCAGAUAUCUAUUGGCACCCCACCUCAGAACUUCACUGUGAUCUUCGAUACCGGCUCCUCCAACCUUUGGGUCCCAUCAAGUCUGUGUACUAGUCAUGCCUGUGAGAUCCACAAUAGGUAUCUGUCCACAAAGUCCACAAGUUACCAGGCAGAUGGCCGCUCAUUCUCCAUUCAGUAUGGCACAGGCAGCCUGACAGGAAUUCUGGGGAUCGAUAAAGUCACAGUGCAGGGGAUUAGUGUAUCCCAACAGAAAUUUGGGGAGAGUGUUAGUGAGCCAGGGAGCACAUUUGUCGAUGCCAACUUUGAUGGAAUUCUUGGACUGGGGUAUCCUAGCAUUGCUGUAGGAGGUGCUCCACCUGUUUUUGACAACAUGAUGGCUCAAGGCCUGGUGGCACUGCCCAUUUUUUCAGUUUACCUGAACAGAAAUCCUGAUUCACUCUUAGGUGGAGAGAUUGUGUUUGGUGGCUUUGACCAUAACCACUUUGAAGGUCAACUGCACUGGGUCCCUGUCACACAACAAGGCUACUGGCAGAUCCUGGUUGACAACAUUAAAGUUAAUGGUGUGGUCAAGUUCUGCAGAGAUGGCUGUCAGGCCAUUGUAGACACUGGAACCUCAUUGCUGACUGGACCCUCUGGGGAUAUAAAAGUCAUACAAAACUUACUCAGUGCCCAGUCCCUGGAUGAGGGAGUGGACGCUGUGGAAUGUGGCAACAUCCCCUUGCUCCCAGACAUCACCUUCCAGAUCAAUGGUGUGGACUUCACAAUGACCCCUUCUGCUUAUAUACAGAUGGAGACCCUUAAUGGUGAGAUGCAGUUGUGCACCUCAGGUUUUCAGGCUAUGGAUAUUCCCCCUCCUGCAGGACCACUGUGGAUUCUGGGGGACGUUUUCAUUGCUCAGUUCUAUGCUGUCUUUGACCGGGGAAACAACAGGGUGGGGCUGGCAAAGGUCCUCCCGUGAUCAGACAGUCUGCUGAAGGACAAUGUGACUUCUGUGGAUGAUCCUGUGGAAGGGGGAACACUGGUCUUCUUAUUGUAGAGAAAUUAUAUGACUAAAUAAGGUGUCUCACAAUAGUCUGAAGAUGGAAGCCAUGUACCUUUGUUGGAUAUCCUUGGGUGAGGGAUGAAAUUGAUUAGCCGAGUAGGCUUGAAAUGAUAGAAAAAAAAUGGAUUAUGCUGCCAUUUGACUUUUUCACAUCUUUUAACUCAAGCAUACUUGUUACACUGAUCUACACGAAUCACUCACUAUGCAAUAUCAUAGUGGAAUGAAAAUUUGUAAUUUAAACAAAGGAAAUGGAAUUCCUAACCUGACCCCUUUUUCUGUCACCCCUAAUCACAUCAGUUCCUUACAAUGUCACAGAAAAAAUGCAUAGUGUCUACUUUAGGUUUCUGUAGUUGCCUGACUUGAUUUCAAAAGUAAUACACUUACAAUAAGUAUUUAUAGUGUGAGGUUUCCCAACUCUUUUGGGAUCCAACCCCAAAACCCCCAAGAUGAAAUUUGUUCAAUAUAAGCAUGCAGGGGUUGACAUUAGAAGGUCAAAGCCCAGCAAAAAUCCCAAUUCAAAGUCAAAAUAUGAAGUUAAAAUUAAUGCAUCAGGAAACAAAACAAAAGAAAAAUUACGAGAGAUAAACUUUUGAAGGAGUUUUCUGCAAUUUCGGACACCAGGAAGUGAACUGCGCCAACCUUUAACUGUCACAAAAGUGAGACACGUGUUGCCGCCUCUGAAACCAUCGCCCUUAACAACAGGUCAGCAUAUCACAGCAACAAAUCCAUGUAAAGCAAAAUGUUGUCAGAAAAAGACACAAAAAUAAUUUAAUUAGAAUCUGGGGGACGGCCCACCUGAUUAGGCAGCUAGGCUACUGCUCCAGAUAGCUUUCAAGUCGAACCUUUGGAGCUUGAUUAUUGAUUUUAGUUUUCAAUUCCUGUCUGUGUUCUUGUGUCAUUUUUUGCUUUCUGGAUUUCCUAGCUUUGUGUCCCCUUAUUCACUGAAGGUGCUCUCUCUAGAAUGAUAGUAAUUCUUGGUUUUGUUCAUCUUUCUAUUCAUUAAAUAAUUCUUUGAUUAUAAAAGUU